AUGCCCACUCUAAGCCAAGUCCGCCAAUCCAACGGCACCCUCGGCGCCAGCCGCCGCGAGAUGGUCGCUGUGUUCGUCGGCGGCACCAGCGGCAUCGGCGAAGCGACGGCCAAGCAGUUGGCCCGAGCUGUGCCAAAGCCCACCAUCCACCUGGUUGGUCGCAACCCGGCUGCCGGCUCCAGAAUCCUGGAAGAGCUGCGCGCCGCCAACCCGGACGGUUCCUUCAGCUUCGUCCAGUCUGAUGUGUCGCUGCUGCGGAAUGUGGAUAAGGCAUGCGCGGAGAUCAGGGAGAAGGAGAAGCACAUUGAUUUGCUGUUCAUGUCGACGGGGCAUUUGGCUAUGUCUAGGAAGGACACCCCUGAAGGCCUCGAAAACAACCACGUCCUGCGCUACUACGCCCGCAUGCGGUUCAUCCAAAACCUGCUCCCCCUCCUCAACGCCUCGCCCACCCCAGCCCGAGUGAUCACCAUCCUAGGCGGCGGCCAAGAAGGCCAAAUCGACGAAGACAACUUCGACCUAUCCAAAUCCUGGACCUUCCUGAAAUCAACCACCUACGCCGCGACCCUAAACUCCCUCGCCGUGGAGCACCUCGCCGCCGCACACCCCUCCAUCAGCUUCAUCCACGUCUUCCCCGGUCUCGUGCGGAGCCCUCUCAUGAACUCGACAUUCGGGAAGCUCGCGGGCUCCGUCAUGGGGGUGCUGUCGCGGCCGUUUUCCCUGUCGCUGGAGGAGAGCGGGCAGCGGAAUUUGUUUAUUGCGACGUCGGCGGCGUAUCCGCCUGCUGGGCUGGAGGGUAAAGAGGAUGCGGACGUGGGGGUGAAGCUUGGGGAGGGUGUUAGUACGGCUGUCGCGUCGACGGGGAAGAAAGGUGGUGGAUCGUAUAUUCUGGGCUAUGAGGGGAAUGAUGCGACGAACAAGAAGCUGAUGGCGGAUUAUCGCGGCAGGGAUUUCCCGGGGAAGGUGUGGAGGCAUACGGCGGAGACUUUUAGGAGGGUGUUGGGGUCGGAGUGA